AUGACUGCACUACUUCAGCUGUUGUUACUGGUCAGCGUGACCAUGGCCUCCGAGCCAUCGUGUCCAUCGUGCUCAAAAUACGACUACGAAGAAAAAGUGCUAGAGAGGAUGAUUCGCAUGGAGUUCGCUUUUGAGAAUGUGUUAAAAGAAAACAAGGCUGUAAGCGAAACUGUUGAGGAAGAUCUAACGCGGAUCAAGGAAGAAAACGAACGUUUACACGCGACCGUUGAUGUCCUGAAGGACCAACAGGAGCAAGCUGAACGAAGACUGGUUUCGCUCAUGGAGGAAAUUGAGAUAAACCAGUCCAGCACACUGGAGAAGAUAGUUUCCGAUUCUAACACUACGUUAGAACAAACCAUUGCCGCCUUCAAUGAUAUAAAAGACAAAAUCGUUACUCCACUGGUGUUUUUUCAUGCCCGCUCUCCACUGACCAACACCCUGUCCACAGGUGAGAUGAUAGUGUACAAGACAGUGGAGAUCAAUCUUGGAAACGGCUACAGCUCCACAACGGGAAAGUUCACAGCUCCAGCACGGGGACUCUACUUGUUCCUCAUGCACACAUGUACGCCUCCAAAUGCAAAUGCUUAUCUUCAUAUGAUGAAUGAAGGCUCAGUCGUCAUGGGAAGUGCACGGUACAACGUUGGCCAUUAUACCUGUUCUAGCAGUCAGGUGUUUGUACAGCUUGAUGCCGGGAAAACUGUCUGGGUACAAUGUUCCUCUGGUUCAAAACUGUUUGAGAAUUCUAAUUAUUGGACCUCUUUUGGUGGGGCUCUCAUUCAUAACUGACGUGCUUAGAUCAUUCUUCAUAAAACGCCAAAAAGCAAAAAAAAUACAAUGAAAGUGGAAGUAAAUUUUGUAGUGAUAAAUCAGUUUUAAUAUGAUUAUUACGUGAAUUAUUUUGUUAUCAUUAACCGUUAGUAUUACUGGAUAUCGUCUGUGUAAAAUGCCUUUAUGCUUC